CACCCAAAGGAUACCAUUCUUCCGAUAGUUUGAUCAAAAAUUUGAUUGUUUGGAUCGGGGUGUGAUAAAGCCUGCACUUGUACUGAUGCGAUUCUACAGCGUGCAGCCAUGGAGUCGGGUCGCCGUUUCUGCGCCGCGCUAGCCGGCGCAAGGCUGCACGGUGCUCCCGGCCAAUCAACUGAGCUUAUUUAUGAUACUAGGCCUAGUGCUCUUACAAUGUACCUAGGCCUUUGUUUCAAAAAUAAGAACUGACCACACACGGUCUGACGGUUAACAUCAUGAAGUCUUGAUGCAAUCAGCAGUAGUACACCGUUAAGCCUGGGUUGAUCGUUGUCGGGGUUGUCGUGACUGUAGGCCUAGGCAUCAUCCUCCUUAAAGAAGAGAAAAGCUGACAGCAUCGUCAGUGACAGGACUUCUAUGCCAAGGAAAAUGUCAGUCCAGGAACUACCUGUAUCUCCCACUCCAAUGAGGUCUCAAGAGCUGCUGCCCUCAUCGUCGCAGAGACAUGGAACCAGUCAGCAGCCAUCCACACAGUCCGACCGGGCAUCUUUACAAAACUGCCCAUUGCACUUGCCAGUCAGCGAUGCAUGCCAACGAAAGCCUCAGGUGUAUUUAUCAAGUAUGUUGCCCUUACAUCAACAACAGCCCCCCUCAACGGAAAAUCAGUCGGAGUCCCCUCCGAGCAAGUCGCGCCAGGCCAAGACUUGUUUAUUGUCUCUGCAGGGUCCCAAUUCCAUGUCUCCGCUGAAGGCGUUUGCGUGUUCCCAGUCCCAACCCUUGCACAGCCAAGGGCUGCCGCUUCCCUCUGAGACAUCCGGACCGACACCACUCGUUCCGGACGCCCUCGUGGCCCUGCCGGCUGACCUCCCCGAGCGAACCUGUCCGUCCCCUCACACCUCGGGGAUGGUCAACUCAGUCCGAGAGCAGUCACGGCGAAUCACCGAGGACAUCAAGGCCAUCGAGGAGCGCUGCCAGUACUUCUAUGCGGACCUCCCUCGCACCUGCGCCAAGCCGGCGGUCCCCGUCCAGUUCGCUUACCUCGGGGAGGGGACCAGUGAGACUUCCCUCAUCGUUGCAAUGAUCGAGGCUGUCUUGAAGAAGAUGAGCCGGGUGACGAGGAGCGUGGUCCAACUGAAGGAGCACAUUUGUCACUGGGACAACAGCGGGGCCACUAUGAUAGACGAGAUUCUGGCCGAGUAUAAAAAGAAUGCCAAAGGAAUGAAAAUGAUGCAGGAAUGCAUUGUUGGUGCUCGCAAGGCUAUAGAUGAAUUCUCUGAAUUCUGGUCAGACAAGGACUCGGAAGAUUCCUAGCCCCCCCCACCGGUCAGGUUUUCCCCGCACUCCUGUUGUUAACUUCAGGAUCUAAGAUAUUUCCCUCUAAAAAUCAGGUUAGAACACUGCUUGGCUUUGUUUCUACCUCAGUAUAAACUGAAAAGUGUACCUCCUCUGUUGUCAGGCAUGAGAGCUUCAGUCAUUUGCAUGCCCAAGUUUUGUGGGUGCCAGAAAAUCUCUAAAAAACAGAGUAACCUGCCAAAGAGAAUUUGAAAUAACUGCGAAAGCACCUUGCUUGUCAACAGGUGGUAUGCGUGUGUGAGACGCCUUUCAUUUUAAUAGGGUGUGCUCUUUUGACGUUAUAGUCGUGGUUUUCCUACAAGUGGCUACUAGAACUGUGGUUGACUGUCGGUACAAAAGUGAAAGAAUAAUUCACAGAGUGGGAGAUUCCACGCAGCUAUCAGAACACUGGAUGACAAUACAUGUACUGCUAACUUUUAAAUGAAAAUACAAACUAAUUUUAAAACUAAUGGGAAAUACAGGUACAGGCACAUGUACGUCAAUUUUGAACAAAUUGGAGGUAGAAGCAAAAGCCAACCAAGUGGUCAUAUUUCUGCAAAAUUUCCAAAUUUUUUUGGCCCUCCCCCAAAAAAUAAGCUCUUCAAAGAGGCAAGACCAUUUAAAAAACAAAGCACCUGAUGUCACAGCAGUUUGAACGUUGUUAGCACAUGCCUGCUAGUGUAGACGUACAGCUGCUCUAACUCCACCCCCAGGCUUUAUUUGCAAGGGGCCCUUGUCAGUCCUCCAAAAUCCUCCAAUUUGGGGGGAUGAAAAAAUUAGAUUGUCCCUCACUGCCCGAAAUCCUCCAAAAGUUCUUGGAAAUUUUACUUGGAGGUGUGCCUACUGCCUCAAUCCUUCAAAAUCCUCAAUGGCAAUCCCUGUCAUUAUGUAGAGGCAGUGCCAAUGGCAUUCUUGAGCAGUGCAGUUGACUCAAAGGAAAUAUUGGGCUGAAUUCGUGCAAGACUAAGCAAAAACAGCACAAGAUCUAACCCAUGGCCUUCAUGCAUGGCAUCUUUUGCAAUAUGCUACACACUUGCCAUUCAACCUCAAUCCAUCAAAACUGCCUGAAGGAUUUUGGAGGAUUGAGGAGGGUAUAGGGCUAAUAGGGCCAACCUUGUGCAAGUGUUGGUCAGGUGUAGCAUUGUUCUUGAAUGACCUCCAUGUACAUGUACUCCUGACAAAGAGGGCGCUGUUGCCAUGAUGUCACUCAGGGAAGACACUAUAGUAUUCAGUCCACAGUUGCUGUUCAAAUCGUGAACCUAAAACAUGGCGUGAAAUUACGGUCGGACUUCAACAGUUACUGACCACUUUUAUUUGUCUGAGGAAAUGUAUUGUUGAAAGUCUCCAUCCAACCUGUAUUGUUUUAACUCUGAUUUUUGUCCUUGUGGUAUUCAAAAUGCCAUUCAUAAAGUAACAUUCAUCCUUCUCGUACAUGCAAGCAAUGCCAACUGCCACGCUUUUAUGUUCCCUGUGGGAAAUCAUUUCUUAAACUCUAGGAACAUUUUGACGAGCAACGCACCACAGAUUCCCGAAACCUCCACUCCCUCAAAACUAAAAACAGUUUAAUGCAUACAUGUAUUUGCAAAUAAAUUGUCUUUUUUGAUCAAUGUAGUGGAUCUUUAGCUUGUUAAUAGUCGUAAUAAUUUUUUGUCGGCUUUCUAUUUGAAUUCCUGAAAUAAUCAACUCCCCCAUCCUUUGUUUUUUACAAUGUAUUCUAAAACUCUUUCUAGACAGAAAAUAAAGUGCAUCGAAACACUUUAUAAAAUGAAGCAAGAGUUUUGCCACAUUUCUGCUUUCAUCACACUUUUUCAUUUGGCACAAAAUAAAUUGCAAGAAUUGCAUCAAGUGAAAGUGCAUGUAGUUUUAAUAGUCCAUCGGUUAAUCUGACCAGAUUCGAGUUUACCGUUACAAACACGAUGUACAUGAACCAUUUUGUUGAGGUGUUCAAUAAACAGAAAAGUGGUCUUGAAACGUG